GAAAUGUGCUUUUGCUUCAUGGUGUUGCAGAUGUGCCACAAGCAUGGUGUGAUGCAUAGGGAUCUCAAACCUGAGAACUUUCUGUUUGCUAACAUGAAGGAAACAACACCUUUGAAGGCAAUUGAUUUUGGGCUUUUAGUAUUCUUUAAACCUGGUGAGAGAUUUACUGAGAUAGUUGGAAGUCCUUACUACAUGGCUCCAGAGGUGCUCAAAUGGAAUUAUGGUCCAGAAGUAGAUGUUUGGAGUGCCGGAGUAAUCCUUUACAUCCUACUCUCUGGUUUCCCACCAUUUUGGGCAGAAACUGAACAAGGAGUAGCACAAGCAAUUAUACGGUCUGUUGUAGAUUUUAGAAGGGAUCCUUGGCCUAUAGUUUUUGAUAAUGCAAAAGACCUUGUGAAGAAGAUGCUUAAUCCUGACCCACAGCGGCGGCUUACUGCUCAGGCAGUGCUAGAUCAUCCUUGGUUACAGAAUGCAAAGAGAGCUCCUAAUGUUUCUUUGGGUGAAACUGUGAGGGCAAGGCUCAAGCAAUUUUCAUUAAUGAAUAAGCUCAAGAAAAGAGCUCUCAAGGUAAUCGCCGAGCAUUUGUUUGUAGAGGAAGUUAUAGAUGUAGAUAAGGAUGGUUAUCUUGACCGUGGAGAAUUUGUAGCUAUCUCUGUUCACUUAAGAAAGAUGGGCAAUGAUGAUGGGCACCUUCUCAAAGCCUUUGAAUUCUUUGAUCAAAACCAAAGUGGAUAUAUAGAAAAUGAGGAGCUACGAGAUGCCUUAGUUGAUGAAAUUGAGAGAAGCAGUGAAGAAGUCAUUAAUGCCAUUAUGCGUGAUGUAGCUAUCUUAGACAAGCACAUCCGCUUCCGUCGACGGACGUACAAGUUACGAGGAAUUUGCCACAAUGAUGAAAGCAGGAACAGAUUGGAGGAAAGCAUCACGGCAAUAUUCACGAGAGCGGUUCAACAAUCUCAGUUUGAAAUUGAUGAGUAUAGUUCAUAA